AUGGAGUUACCAACUGAUGAGGACUUAAUACUUGGAUUGGACGAGGUUGAAAUAGGUUUGGAUAAUGCACAUACGGAUCACUUAGAACAAGUUGAUGCAUCAAAGAACGAGAAGAAGAAAACAAGAGGACUAACAUUGAUGCAUGAUGUUACAAGAAUUAAGAGUACGGGGGAGAAAACAGUAGUUGAAUACAAUGAAAAUGGAAUACCUAUUGGGGAGAAUGGGCACAAGCUUCAAUCUUUCAUUGGAUCUUGUGUGCAUCAUCAUAUCCCCAUCACACAUGCAUCUUGGAAGGUAGUGCCGACUGAAUUAAAAGAAAAAAUAUGCAGCAUGGUUGAGAGAGCAUUCGUAGUUGAUGGUCGAAGUAAGAAGGCCAUUAUGAAAACGGCUGGAGUUUCAUUUCGUCAAUUCAAGAGUUGGUUGACAACUCAAUAUAUUAUCCCUUUUAUGGAUGAGCCACAACUCUUGAUAGAUCCACCUUCGUUGUAUGCUCACAUAAUUGAUAAACCUGUUUGGCAAGAGUUUGUUAGGUCAAGAAUGUCUUCAGAAUUUCAGAAACUGAGAAGAGAACAGCAAGAUCGAAGAAAGAGGAGUAAAUAUACUCAUAAUAUGUCAAGACGUGGCUAUGUUAAUCUUGCCGAGGAUAUGGAUUUUGGACGAGCUAAUAUGUGGAAAAAAGCUCGGACAAAAAAAGAUGGAGGAUACAUAAACGAAGAUUUACAACAAGUUGCCAAUGAAAUAGAUGAGAUUUUGGAUAAAGCACCCAAUGAGGAAUCACCCAAUGAUGUAUUGACUCAAGCAUUGGGUACUCCAGAAUAUGACGGACGAGUACGUGGUGUAGGUGGUUUCAUUACACCUACUAUUUAUUUUCAUCAAGCAAAGCCAAGAAAGUCAAAGAAGGUGGAUACAACCCAACAAAUUAUUGAUGAAAAUGAAGCUCUUCGUAAACGUAUUCGAGAGUUGGAACAAAAAGUUCAAAGUAUCCCAACAUCGGAACAUGGCAGUUGCUCCAAGAGCAAAGUCCAAGAGAAGGUAAAAUGUUUGUUUCUAAAGUAA